UUCAUCGUAAAGUUCUUUUAACUGUAAUAAAAAUGUAAAAAACAAUUAAAAACAAUAAAUACAUCGAGAGUGAUAUCAAAAAUAAGUGCGCCACAUAAUAACUUUCCUCCACAAUGUCAACAUACCGAGGUUAUAUGCCUUGGAAAUCGAGUCUUUCCGGAUAUUCACCGAAAUCUGAUUCUGGAAGCAGAUAUUCAUCGCGGGACGAUGUUGCAUCAGUUGAAUCUAAAACAACACCUCGUUUCGGAAAUCUUACAUCACCCACAUCAUAUCGACCAUCGUACUCGGGUGGUACGUACCGAUCGGUGAAACGUGAUCUACCUGCUGUAACACCAGCGUCCAGCUAUACGAGUAAAUACAAUACAAUCGGAUCACCGAGUAAAGACAGCCCAGACAGCAAAGACUAUUUGUCAACUAAGAAAGUUAAUGCAUCGAAAUAUGGCUCAGCUAAGACAUUAUCGCCCGAGGCGAAGCCGAGUCGUUAUACGGGUUCGACAACUAGUUUAAAUUCGAAGACUAAAAUUAGGGAACCUAGUCCGGUGGUUGAGAGGCGGUCUACAUUAAAUAUUUCAUCAAUACGCAGUAGAGAUCCUAGUCCGGCGACAUACGGUAACAAAUCUAGAGAUCCUAGUCCUGCUGAGCCACGUUUUUAUGGAACUACAUCCACUGGAUAUUCUUCUAGUGGCUACAAUAGACUUUAUUCGAGGGCUAACACCGGUUCAUAUGGAACAAAGUAUGGAAGCAGAAGUGCGGGAACUGCUUUAUCUUACCUAACAGCCAGCGAUGCAUCUGCUCGAUGUACAUCACAACGGGCAAAAAGGGAUAAAACGUCAAGAGAUUGUACCAAAGAAAAUUCAAAGGAACCGGAUUCUUCCCGAGAUGAUUCUCUUUCAACGUCAAUAGACGAAUCGUCAUUUUCCACUGAUACAACCUCAGCCACACAGGAUUGUGAGAAAAUGAUUGAGGUAUCUGUAAUCACAAGAGGUACGUCACCCAAUCCACCAUCUUCGUCUACAUCAUACAUACGAACACGAAGAAUUGAUAAUGCCAAGACCAUCGAAAAAACGAUCAAAAGGCCAAUGAACAAACCAAUCACAGAAGACAAGGAAAUCCAAUCAGAUCGAAUGGAUGACUCAACAAAAUAUUCGAGAUUCACAACGUCAAGAAUAACGCCUUGGUCGUAUGUGGAUAACAACAAGUUCAAUGCUUCCGGUUAUUCUAGAUUCGGUAAUAGCACAACCAAUGGAAGCUCAUCGAAAGUAAAUUCACCAAAAAGUGAAAAAGAAAGGAGUGACACAGACUCUGAGAAAAAAUCUCCAUCAAAAUCAUCCCAUUCUGCAUCGAUUUCAAGAAGCAGUUCGGUUAAGUCCAAUUCGAAAACGAAAUCAUCGUCAGAUUCGCGUUCAUCGGUUGAAUCAAAGUCAAAGUCGUCUGUAAAGCAAUCAUCACCAUCAUCGAAAUCAAAGUCGCCAGAAUCAAGAACACUUCCACCGCAACCACCGAAAAGCGAAUCACCCAGCAAAACAGUAUCUUCAUCGACCGGAAGUUUCAAAUGGACGAACAAAGAUUUCAGAAAAUCCGCACUGAAUGUUGGUCAAUCGGAUCGGCCACGAAAAUCGAGAACAGCUUCGGUUGAAAGUGACCAGGAAAAUGGUGUCGAAAAAGUCAUUCUCACGACAUCACGUCGUUCACCGAGCGCCGGUUCAGAGGUCAGUAGUUGCACUAGUACCACUAUAACCAGCACAUCCGAGGACGACUCAAAGCAAACAUCUAAAUUAACAUCAUCGUCACUGCCACCAAGCGUGUGCAAUGGUGAUGAUUUGCCAAAAAAUAUUUUACGAACAGAAUUGUGUCGAACCGCGCCAUCACACCUUCAACAAAAUGAUUUGUCACAAAACGAUACAUCAUCCUCGAAAAAUGACGAAACAAAGUCAUUCCUAAUUCGUGCACUCGGUCCGGUAACAAAUUUAUUUAAAUCGAAAUCUGCACAGCCGCAAUCGGUGCAAUUGAAUCGACCAGAUACAAUUUAUGUGGACGACAAUAACAGCACCAGUAUAUCCGAAAAUAUCAGCCAAGACACAGAAUCUGUGUUUCCGGCAACGAAAACGAAAUCGAACAUUCAAACAGACGACCCCAAUUGGUGGACGAACGAUACGAACUCGAACAACAAUCCAGGUGAUUUCGGUAGCAACAUGAAAUACAAAUUGCGACACAUUGACUCCGGUGAGAUUGCAUGGUGGAUGACGGAAAACGAUAAUGAUGACAACGAUGACACUAUCGCAGAUGAUAUAACCUUGAAUCAGGAUGAGACCAGCGAAAGAACGGAACCAAUCACUGGCAAAUUUAAGAUACGCCAUGUGGAAUCGGGCGAAAAAGCAUGGUGGCUGACGAAUGAUGUAUCAGAGGAAACCAACGGUGGAAUUACCAGCGAGGAAGUUGUAAACUUUGGCAAUGAAAAGGAAAACUCUCCGGUUAAACAGAAAUAUCAAAUUGCUCACAUUCAGUCUGGCGAACGGGCAUGGUGGCUGAAUGACGAUAACGAAGUGGAUAAACCCACUCAAAACACGAACAAUGGUAAAAUGUGCACUAUUCGACACAUUGAAUCGGGUGAGAAAGCUUGGUGGAUGAACGGCGACGACUCCAACGAUUCCACUAGCUACAAUCAACCAAACACCAAAUCGAUAAGCUCGAAUCGCGCCACCAGUGACGACUGUCGAUGGUGGACAAACCAAGACAAAUCAAACGAUUCAUCGAAAACUAAAUCACCAAUUAAGACUGACACUCGGACGGAGUAUAAAAUACGGCACAUUGAGUCCGGCGAAAAGGCUUGGUGGAUGACCGAUGAAAAUAAUGACGAUGCAGCCGAUGAAGUUGAUAAUUUGAAUGUAAAUGCGAUGAAGAAUUGUUCGCUGGAAUGCGACAAGUCGCCGUUAGGUGAUCGAGCUAGUCCCGAGGGCUUAGAAGACACAACGAAAGAUAGAUCGUCGCCAUACGAUCACUUGAGUAACGGCAGUGGAAAAGUGAAAAAUUUGAAAAAAUUAUUUAUUUCGAAGCAUACGAAUAUCGACGAAAUAUUGGGCUCGUCGUGUCAUCCGCUUAGUCCGGUUUUGUUGCUGGAUGAAUUUGCGUCGAAAGAUUUUCAAGAAAUAUCACCAGCUCAGGUUCGAAUCCACGAUAGUACAGCACAAAUGCCAGUUAUACACAGAAUGCAGCACGAUCGAGAUUCUUGGGAUUACCUUUCGUCUCCCGCAUCAUAUACAACAAAUAAGUUAGACGAUGCGGCACUUCAAAUCUACAAAGAAGGCGACUACGGCGCCUAUCUGGAUCUGGAAUCGUCAUUGGCCGAACAAGCUGAAGACAUCGAGGGACUUCAUUCCAGCCGAAAAAACUCAUUAGUUGUUCGCACUCAGCUAAGCGUCAGAGUUCAUGCAAUUAUUGAUAAAUUGUUAACAUCUGAAGGUCGUGACUUAAGACGUGCCCUAUUUUCCUUGAAGCAAAUCUUCCAAGAAGACAAAGAUUUGGUACACGGUUUCGUAGCCCUUGGGGGCCUAAAUUGUCUGGUUCGCGUAGGAAGUGGCGCAGAUCAGAACUAUCAAAACUAUAUUUUACGUGCUCUAGGCCAGGUGAUGUUGUACGUGGAUGGCAUGAAUGGGGUUAUGAAGCAUGGACCGACAAUACAAUGGCUGUACACGUUGAUUGCCUCAAAAUAUAGACUAGUGGUUAAGACUGCACUUAAGCUGUUGUUAGUUUUUGUUGAAUAUGUAGAGAGCAACUGUUACUUGCUGGUGAAUGGAAUUCAUGCAGUCGAUGGGGCUCGCGGAUCAUUACCAUGGUCGAAUGUAAUGAGACUAUUGAAAGACUAUGACAAUGCAGACACGGAAUUGUUGAUUUAUGCUACAUCGCUCAUCAACAAAACACUUUCCGGCUUAAGUGAUCAAGAUAGUUUCUACGAUGAAAGUGAUUACUUGGAACAGCAGGGAAUGGAAGGCGUUGUUCAGCGAUAUAUGUCACGACCUGGUACUGAUCUAGAUUUACUAGACCAAUUGCAACUUUACGAGGCAGUAUUAAAAUUCGAAGACGGCGAAUCGGAAGGCAUACGCAUCCCAGAUAAUUCAGUCCGGAAAACACUUCGUUACCGCGCCAGUAACGGCACUCAAAACGAAACGCACGAACGCCGAAAAUCUCGUCGUCACAGUACGGGCAAUUCACCGAUGCCACCGCCAAUACCACCGCAUCCGAAGAGUUACACUGUACCGGCUCAGCAGAUCGUUGAUGAGGACAGUUCCAGUUCGGCCAAUUCGGGUGAACUGAACGAUGUUUUCGGUAUUGCGAAAGGUAAUCGGGACGGAGCCGGUGUGACGCCCGGAUUGAGACGAAGGCGUGAACGUGCCGAACGACAGAAAACGUUUAUGCGCGAACAGCAAGAGGCUGCAGCGUCUGGGGUUAGACCAUUCGAAGAACGACCAGAAGAAAAUGGACACGAUUCAUUUGUGACUGCAUCUACUGUAAAUUUACGCAAUGGCAAUAACACUAAACCGUUGAAUGGAGUGUCUGUUACUGCAACUAAACCUGUGAUCUCAACAAAUAAAACCGAUUCGACCAACGGACAUGGUUACGAUGAAAAUGAUUUGGUCAACGGUAGCGUCACCAAACCCCAUAACGGCUAUGUCCGGCAAUGUUCCAAGUCGAAUGGUAGUAGUGAAUUUGAAAGCCAGUCGAACCGUCUGAACACAUUGUACAGUCAAAUUAGUAGUGCCAAAAAUGGCUUCAACCAUUCGACCAUUUCAAUAAUAAAUCCCAAAAAAUCAAUCAACGGGACAGCCAAAUUGACCAAUGAUAACCACAUCGAUUGCAAUGGGUCCACGUCGAAUGGAAAUGGUACCAUCGAAAAUGGAGUGGUCAAUGAUAAUAAAGCGGCGAUAACGAAUCGGAUUGUGAGUAAUGGAAAUGGGGUAUCGAAUUCGCAUGACGACGGUGUUGAUGUUGAAGUUGUGUCGAAUGGAAACGGAUUGCCCAAAUCCAAGUCAACAGAAUCCGAAAAUGAAGACAAAAAACUUCUGCUGCAACUGAAACGAGACCACACAGUAAAAGAUUUGACACAAAAGCUCAGCAAUUUGCCGAUGAGCCCGCAAGAGGAAAAGCCAAAUCGCAUCGGUGAUAUGUCUGGACUGAUCUCGAAAGCCAAAGAAGGUUUAGCUAAAAGUAAAAGCAAAGGAGACAUUUCUCGGUCACCAAGCGUCGAUCAAGAAAUCAAAAAGCACGAACCAAAAAAAUCGGAAAAUGAACUGCAUUGGGAAGAGCUAGUCAAGAGUAUGUCUCGACCGUUGCGGUUAUGCGAUCUAGACUUCACCGAUUUGCAAAUCGAAGACGAUGUAGACGAUUUAGCGCCACGCAGCCUUAACGGUGGCCCACCACCGCCACCGCCAAUGGGAAUGUCUGGAAUUAUGAUGCCACCGCCAAUGAUGAAUUUUCCUCCGCCGCCAGUGAAUCAUAUGGCACCUAUGCACAAUAGCCACAGCCAAAAUGAUCAGAACGGGGACGUGAACGGAACGAUAAAGAAAAAUAAGAAAACUGUCAAACUUUUCUGGAAAGAAGUGCGAGAUGAUAUGUUGCCAUUUUCUGCUGGUAAAACCAUUUGGGAUGAGCUGCCAGAGACUAACAUUGAUGUUGAAAAAUUGGAGCAUUUGUUUGAGUCCAGGGCCAAGGAUUUGAUGACAAAGAAACAACAAGAACUGAAUAAAAACAAAGAAAUCAUCGUUCUGGAUCACAAACGAUCGAAUGCAAUAAAUAUUGCAAUGACCAAACUACCACCGCCUCGUGCCAUCAAAGCUGCCAUCCUCAAAAUGGACGCAACCGUUGUGACUCGCGAAGGUAUCGACAAAUUAUUGAACAUGUUACCCACGGACGAAGAACGCGGCAAAAUUCAAGAAGCUCAAGUAUUGAAUCCCGAACUGCCAUUGGGUAGUGCCGAACAGUUUCUGUUGACAUUGUCUUCGAUAUCGGAAUUGGCUGCUCGCCUGAAGCUUUGGGCAUUCAAAUUGGACUUUGAAAAUAGCGAGAAAGAAAUUGCUGAACCACUCAUGGAUCUGAAGCAAGGCUUAGAAUCGUUACGAAAUAACAGAACGUUCAAAUUCAUAUUGUCCACUCUCCGUUCAAUCGGAAUCUUCCUCAAUGGAACACCAGUCAAGGGAUUUCAGAUCGAAUAUUUAGCAAAGGUUCCAGAGGUGAAGGACACCGUUCACAAGCACUCCCUAUUGCAUCAUUUGUGUCAUAUGGUUAUGGAAUCGUCCAUGGACACCACUGAUUUGUAUUCAGAAAUUGGACCGAUAACACGCGCGUCAAAGACUGAUUUUGCCGAUUUGGCACACAACAUCUCGUAUUUGGAGGCUGAAUGCAAGGCUUCAUGGGAUCGGUUAAAACUAAUAGCAAAACAUGAUUGUCCGCCCCAAUUGAAACAAAAGAUGGUUGACUUCUUGGCCGACUGUGCUGAACGUAUCAUAAUAUUGGACAUUGUUCAUCGUCGAGUCAUUAACCGAUAUCGUAAAUUUCUCCUAUGGCUGGGCGUUCCACAACUUCGUAUUUUAGAGUCACGGCCCAAUGAAGUGUGUCGAAUCAUCUCCGAAUUUGCAUUGGAAUACCGUACGACUCGUGAACGCGUACAUCAGCAAAUGGAGAAAAAGGCCAACCAUCGCGAGCGGAAUAAAACACGCGGCAAAAUGAUCAUCGAUGUAGCGAAAUUUCGAACGCAAGAAGAUCGAGCUGAUUGCGAAUUACGACAACUCCUCGGCUCGCCAAAUUCAAGCGUCGAAGCUGCUGAAAGUCCAAACAUUUUCACAUCAUUACGACGGCACAGACCCAGUAAUAUUCGAUCGCCAUUGUUGCGGCAUACCGAUGAAAAUUUCACCGAUGGCGAUGACGAUAUUCUCGAAUCACUUGUAAAGACUGCGACGAAAGCGGCUGGUCCGAGGCCUACACCACGGGAACGCAAACGAACCAGACAUGCGGAUAGAAAAUCAUUGAAGAGAUCAAGAACUAGGGAAGGUUUUACUGUUGAAAGAUCUGGCGCUUCACCCGAAUAAAUUGAAGGCCAGAAAAAUCGUGCGACGAACUCUAAAGAAUGGUUUGUCCGAAGAGGAACGACAACACGUCGCUGCAUACAUCAAAGGUUAUUAAAAUACCGCUUUUACCACACAACCAACCGUGUGUACAUACUCCUCCAACAAUCGGAUAGUUACAAUGUGAAUGCAGUGAACAAAUUUGUGAUAGAAAAAAUGAAUUUGUUACAUCGCCGAAUCUUUCUUUAUUGCUAGUCUCUGAAACAAAUCUUUUUUUUAAAUUUUUAUUGUACACACACGAACACACACAGCGCAUCCUUUCGGUAUUUGAUCAAUCAAUAUGAUUAUGACCUUCUUGUAUUAAAUGUGAAUAAAGGAAUAUCUUGUGUAA